AUGGACUGGAAACUGGAGCGCACGGCCCGGCGGAGGGUCCGCACGGAGGAAGAGAUGCUGUGGGAGAACGUCAUGCGGGUGCUCGCCAAAGACCUGAAGCAGAAGAGAAGUCCAGGUUCUCCCAAGAUAUUUGAUGAAAUGAAGACUACAUAUUCUAGCUUCAAGAGCAAUUUUGUGAAGAGGCUGUCGGCGGAGGUUCCCGUUGCCAGUAGCCCAAUUGCCACCAGAUGGCGGCAAAACCAAGCUCGGAAUCCGGCUGCCUGCUCCUUUGGGGAAGAGUUUUCAACCACUUACUUCCCAGAAGCAUCUGGAUCCGUGCUGGAGAAAACACCGGAGAAAGAGACUUUGGUUCUCGGAUCCUACCAAGAACCACUGAAAACCCCCAUCAAAGGAAGUUUUGAAACAAAUAACUCUGCCCUCCAUUUUUGCAAGGCACCUCAUGCAUUGGAUAGAGGCUGGAAUGAAAACAUUGCCUCAAAAGGCCAGAAAUGCCUAAACCAACUAUUUUUGACCCAGAAGGUGGUUCAGUGGGUUAGUGGGCAAAUGCAACUCUGUGAGCCAUCCCAAUGUGUCUGGAAAGGCUGCAGAAAUGGAGUUGGAGAUGAAUCCUUCCAUCUUAAAAGAUUCGGUGAUAUAGACUAUUCCAUACUCCAACCAGAAGUGAAGAUUCAUCUUUCUGGUCUUCGAAAUGACUAUUAUCUGAAUAUUCUAGACUGGAAUUUUCGAAAUCUUGUUGCUGUAGCCCUUGGAUCCUCUGUGUUCAUAUGGACUGGGGAAAACAACGUGAUUGAAAAUAUAGACUUAAGUCUCAAUUGUAACUAUAUAUCCUCUGUGUCCUGGAUAAAAGAUGGAAACUGCCUGGCAGUUGGCACCAGUGAAGGAGAAGUACAAUUAUGGGAUGUGAUAACUAAAAAGCGGCUGAGAAAUAUGCUUGGUCAUUUGUCAGUGGUUGGGGCUCUGAGCUGGAAUCACUCUAUUCUCAGCAGCGGAUCCAGGCUGGGCCGUGUUUAUCACCACGAUGUUCGGGAAGCCCAGCAUCACGUUGGAUCACUUCACCACAAGCAAGCUGUCUGUGCUCUGAAGUGGUCGCCUGACGGCAGGCUGCUUUCCAGUGGCUGUAGUGAUGGACUGCUGGCAAUAUGGCCCCAUGACCCAGGUGUGAGAACACAGACUCAACCGCUGAAAGUUAUAUCCCAAACUACAGCAGUCAAGGCCAUGGAUUGGUGUCCCUGGCAGUCUGCAGUCCUUGCUGUUGGAGGCGGAAUGAGAGAUGGGCACUUACGUAUCUUGGACAUAAACACUGGGGGAAGUAUCCAGACCCCGAGCACAAACUCACAGAUUUGUUCCCUACUCUGGCUGCCUAAGACAAAGGAGAUUGCAACUGGCCAAGGUACUCCUCAGAAUGAUGUGACUACAUGGGUCUGUCCUGGUCUGGCCAGGUCAGGUGGAUUUUUUGGCCACAGAGGCAGAGUGUUGCACCUGGCUUUGAGUCCAGACCAGACCCGAGUGUUUUCUGCUGCAGCUGAUGGUACAGCCUGUGUAUGGAACUGCUGUCGCUCAGCCCUCCUAUGAG